AUGAAAUCAUAAGGUAAUAAAGAAAAUGUAAUAGCUAAAUAAAAUAAGAUUCCUUCUUCGUAAAAUAUUCUAUAAGAAUACAAAAAUAACAAUGGUAAAGGAACUUAAAGGUAGAACACAACUCCAUCAAAAUUAAAGAGUUAUUAUAAUUAGUUUGAAGUAAAACUUUAAAAACGAUCAAUUUCUUUCAUUGAGGAUAAAUUAUAAAAGGUAAACAAAGAACAAAAUAUUGCUUCUACCAUAUAAAUUGGUAAGGAUUAAAAUCAAUCAGAUAGUGAUUAAUCAAAGGAUUCAAUUAAUAUUUGGUAAGAAGAAUGUAAUUAUGAGGAUUUAUUUGACUUAUUUUAAUUUAGAUUUAAUAAUUCUUAUAAAACCACUGUGUAAAAUAAUGCUGCUCAAUUAAUGAAAGGCUACAAAAAGCUUUUUGGAUACAGCAUUUUUAGAACUAAUAUAGGAAAACAUCCAUUUUAUCAUAUGAAUAGAAAUAUUAAUUCAUUAAAGAGCCUUAAUGAGGAAAAGUAGAACACUAGAUACUCUAAGGUCUCUAUAAAAAUUAAAUUGCAAGAUAGCAAGAUUCCUUUUGGAAAGAUUUCCUAUUUGAAUAAUUAAAUUACAGUAUAUAAUAAUAAGGAGAAAAAAAGGUGA